AGGGGCUGGCCCCGGCUCUGAAGGCCCGGCGGGCAGAGGCGUCAGGGCUGCUCGGCUCUCGGAGGCCAUCGCCUCAGGGCGGCUCGCAGCUCCCCGGCUCCUCCACCCUCGUGUGGCCUCGGGCGUGCUCCGCCUGCCCGCGGGGUGUGAGCGCUGAGGAGCCUCCACAGCAGGACGAGCGCGGCAGGUGCAGGGUGUCUUUACUACUGUCAGCCUUGGUGCUGAGUUUCCUUAGGUCGGUCGGAAAUGGCGAGCAGCAAUGGCUGCUUUGAGGGUGCAGCGAUGUUCACCUUCAACCUUGCACCUGAGAAGAUAUUACCACCCGAGGUUCUCGGACAGCCAAUUUCAAAGGAUCUCUCCGAGCCUGUGACUGCAAGGCUGAAUCCACCACUUUCUAUGAGGUGCAGUGAACCCGGGGUGAUGAAAAAUGCAGGACCUUUUCUUUUUAAAGGAGCAGACGACACCACAUUUUCAGCCCUUCCCUCACAGAAAGACCUGGAUUUGAUUGAAAGAUACAAACAGGGAGUAAUAAACCCAGUGUCUGCCUUGCAUCUGUUUGCCAAAAUACACCACCUGCAGCUCGAAUUGAAAGAAACGAGUGUGGCAGGCGAUGUCAUAAGGCCUUAUUUUGCCUUUUGUGCUGUGAUAAAUGGUGUUUGCUACAAGACUGGGCUGGGAAAGAACAAGAAGGAAUCGAAGUUAAAUGCAGCUAAACUGGCUCUUGCUGAGCUACUUAACUUGGAAAGUACAGGGGAAAAGUCUUUUGAAGAUUCAGAUUUUCCCUGUGUUCCUGCUGAGCUUCGAUCUCCAGCAAACUCUGCUUGUGUUUCAAGGACUGGAGGAGAACAUAUCUAUCAAAAGUUCUCACAAAUGCUUGAGGAAGUGUUCAACCGCCUGACUGCCCAACACACUGAGUACCAAAGCUGUGGCAGUUCCCUGGCUGCCUUCAUCAUUGAAAAGGGUGGGCAGCAUGAAGUGGUAGCUCUGGGGACAGGAGAAUGCAACUACAGCCGGCGCUUCGAGUCCUGUGGGAGGCUCCUGCACGACAGCCAUGCCAUUGUCACUGCCAGGCGUUCCCUGCUCAGGUAUUUGUACAGGCAUCUUUUGUUGUUCUAUAACAAAAAUCCAGCCAAGGCAGAGAGAUCCAUAUUUUGCACAGUACCAGACUCGAAGCUGCUUACCUUCAAGCAAAAUAUAACCCUCUCUCUCUACAUGAACCAGCUUCCUAAAGGAACUGCUCAGUUAAAAUCAGAGGUGCAUCUCGGUCCCCAGUCUCUGUCUGCUUAUGAAGCCAGUGAAGAGCUGAGCCUGCACGUUGCUCUGGAAGGCAGGAUUUACCUGGCUGUUUGCUGUCCCCCCAAGACUGUCAGAGUGAGCAGCAUGUCAGCUGGUGACAAGCUGACCAAGUGGGAGGUGGUUGGUCUUCAGGGAGCCUUGCUGAGCCACUUCAUCGAGCCCGUGUACAUCAGCAACAUUCUUGUGGGAAGUGGAACUUGUAAGGAUACAAAAGGACUGGACAUAACCAUAAAGCAGCGUCUUGAUGAUGAACUUAUUUCAAAGCUUCCUGUGCCUUACCUGGUCAACAGAUCUCAUAUUUACUUGGUGAAAGCUGCACUGCCAGUCCAAACAGAUUUGAACCAGUGGUCACUUAGCUUGAAUUGGACAUUGUCAGAUGCAUCCCUGGAAGUUGUGGAUGGAUUAAGCGGGAAAACCACUGAAAGCUCCCCGUUCCGCAGCGGCACCUGCCUGGCCAGCCGCCUGUGCAAGGCCGCCAUGUUCAGCCGCUUCAGGAUGCUCGCCGGGGAAGCAGGACGGGGUGAUCUGCUCCAGUUUGCAACAUACCACGAGGCAAAGAUUAAAUCUCAGUUGUACCAAGAAGCUAAGAGCUUGCUGCAGAGCUACUUAGAGCAACACAGCUAUGGAUCAUGGAUUGUGAAGUCUCCACAUAUUGAACAGUUCAGUGAUUGAUGGCGUUGGAUUGAAUGUUAAGUCGGUUUGAACGAUCUGUUUCAGUAAAUAUAGUUCUGAGUAGUAAAAUGUUAAGUUCGUAGUUACAGGAAGAAAACAAUUCCAGUACUGCUUCUUGUCAGUUUAAAUGCGGUUAUUAACCACCUGUAACAGUUCUGUCUUUUCCUAAAAUGGAUGUUUUCUCAUAGGUGGGAGUAUCCAAGAGCUUUGUAAAUCUUUGUUCUGCUUUGCCCACCAAUGGUUCC